GUGCGGGAGUCACAGCUCGGACUCUUCUAAUAAGUCGGACAUGCUGAAGCCGGGCGAGCCCAGCGGUUCUGCUUUCCUCAAAGUGGACCCGACCUACAUCCAGCACUGGCAGCAGCUCUUCCCUCAGAACCCGCUGAAAACAGCCGCUCUGACGCCGCUGCCGACGCCGGUACCGGUGGAGAACCUCCGCCAGAGAGCCCACCUGAUCUCGUCCACUUCUUCAUCCUCGAGUUCUUCCACCACUCCAUCCUCCGUGUCUUCUAUAGCGGGUUUGAGUCAGCUCGUGGUUCCGCAGAUCUCCCUGUUCGGACAGACUCUGAGUUCCGACAGCAGCAGCAGCUCGUCUCAACCCAAAGAACUUUGUUUGUCGUCAAACUUUAAGAAUGAUAAAGGGUCGCGGUUGAAGCUGAGCUCCGAGGAGCUGGACUACUACCUGUACGGACAGCAGCGGAUGGAGAUCAUUCCUCUCAACAACCACAACGGAGAAAUCAAUAACCGCUGUGACAUGUGUGCGGACAACCGUAACGGCGAGUGCCCCAUGCACGGCCCCCUGCACUCGCUGCGGAGGCUGGUGGGGACCAGCAGCACUUCAGUUGCCGUGGCACCACCAGAGGUCCCGGAGUGGUUGAGGGAUUUGCCCCGUGAGGUGUGUCUGUGCACCAGCACCGUCCCGGGCCUUGGCUAUGGCAUCUGUGCAGCCCAGCGCAUCCCUCAGGGCACCUGGAUCGGGCCCUUCCAGGGCGUCCCCCUACCACUGGAAAAAGUGCAGUCGGGAUCUGUGCGGAACACACGACACUUAUGGGAGAUUUAUGAUCAGGAGGGCACGUUACAGCACUUUCUUGACGGUAAUGAACCCAGUAAAUCCAGCUGGAUGAGAUACGUACGAUGUGCCAGACACUGUGGAGAGCAGAACAUGAUGGUGGUGCAGUACAGAUCAUGUAUAUUCUACCGGGCGUGUUCUGAUAUUCCUCGUGGAACUGAACUGCUGGUUUGGUAUAACGACAGUUAUACAUCUUUCUUCGGGAUCCCGCUGCAGUGCGUCGCACAAGACGAAAACUUGAACGUGCCGUCUACUGUAAUGGAGGCGAUGAGCUGUCAGGAAACUCUUCAGCCCUUCAGUAAGAGUCCCAAAUCCUCUUCUCUGGUUUUGCCACGUUCGAUGGUGUUUCCUCAGUCGUCCUGCUCACGGAGCUUCUCCCUCCUGGACAAGAGCAGCCACACCGAGUCCGGUUUAAACCAGAUGAGCUCCAAAAACCAGCGCGUGCUGGCGAGUCCCACGUCCACCAGUCAGCUGAGUUCAGAGUUCAGCGACUGGCACCUAUGGAAAUGCGGCCAGUGCUUCAAAACCUUCACACAACGCAUUCUACUGCAGAUGCACGUGUGCACGCAGAACCCUGACAGACCGUAUCAGUGUGGACACUGUUCUCAGUCGUUCUCUCAGCCGUCGGAGCUGCGGAAUCACGUGGUGACCCACUCCAGUGACCGGCCCUUCAAAUGCGGCUACUGCGGCCGAGCGUUCGCUGGUGCAACGACCCUAAACAACCACAUCCGCACGCACACGGGGGAGAAGCCUUUCAAGUGUGAGAGAUGCGACCGCAGCUUCACGCAGGCGACGCAGCUGAGCAGACACCAGCGGAUGCCCAACGAGUGCAAAGCCAUCAGCGAGAGCAGCGAAUCAAUCGAGGUGGAUUAACGGAUUGAGCGGCGAGGGAGAAUCAUGAUUAAACGUCACGGACACUUAAGCAAAACCAAAGAUUUCCUGAGAGAAACUCCCAAUCAAACACAGAAAACCAAAAGCAGUAAUAAAAUAAGUGAGAUGUUAAGAGAUAUCGAUCCUGGCACAGAUAAAAGAUGGGUGGGGAAGAAAUCGGGUGGCUGGAUAUGGGGGAGAUUAUUUAUUAAGGAGUUUGUGGAUUGAGACUUUGUUUAGAAGACCUGCAAAAGAAGAGAAAGAGUCUGCCCAGCAUACAAAAAUAAUACAUAUUUAUAUAACUCUGGUUUACUGCUUUAUCUUUGUGUAUCGCAAGCGCUUUCGACAUUUAAUCAUGCGCAGGAAAUGAAUUAUUGAUAUCUAACCUAACUCAUGGAAAUAGCAAUUCUUGAUAUAAAAAAUGUCAUUUCAACUAAUAAAAACAUAUUUUUUUUUAUAUCAGUAACUGCAUAUUCACUAGUAGAAUUUGACAAAUCACAAAUCACACUUCUGAUAUAUGAGAUUUGCAUUGAUACUAGUGAAAACCAAAUUACAGAUAUUAUCAAAAAUGUACAUUGCUGAUAUGUAGAUCUGGAAUUCUAAGUAGUAUUAAAUUAAUUAUAUAAAAUAUCUGUAAUUGUGUUAAACAGGAGUAAAUGACAGAUCAUUGCGAAAUUCUACUAGUGAAAAUGCACUUAGAGAUAAAUAAAAACAUCUAGUUGAAAUUUAAUUUUUUAUAUCAAGAAUUCAUGUUUGUACCAGUGCAAUUACUAAUAUCAAUGAGCAUUUUCACUAUCAAUUUAUCCUACACAUGAAUAAAUGUUAAAUCGGCUUGCCAUAUAAUUGUGCUCUGUGUAGUAAAACCAAAGCGUGAGUUCAGGGUUGUUCAAUCGGUGAAUGUACGAUGUCUGUGAAACUGCACCAUUUAGGAAGCAUGACUUACAAGGGUAGCAACUGCUUUCACCAAAAAUGAAUUUUCUUUGUAUAAAAUGUAAAAUCUGAAUAUUAUAUUUCUCUCAUAUCAUGCUUUAUGGCACUUUUGACAAUUGUUAUUUAAUAUUUCAACUCUGUAUAAAGCACCAAAAUGUACAGAGUAGAAAUCAUUGCCGUGUUCAGGAAACUGAGAGUUGAACUGUCUUUGUUAUUCUGAGAUUUACACGAUGUCUUACGUUUUCCAGAGCAAAAUCAAAGAGCUUUAUUAUUAUUAUUAUUAUUAUGAGAUACAUUUUGUUAAUCAAAGACAUCACAGACUGAGCCGUUAACACAAUGACUUAAAUACAGUUUCUGACCAAGAACCUUUAUGAUGUUUGACCCAAAGUCUUUUACUUACAAACCAAAGUAUCUGCAACGUUUUAUAAACACACUGAAUGUAUUUUGUUCUUAAUGGAAUCGUUUGAAACUGUGUGCUCAGAUGUCGUUUCAAGCGUAACACAUGUCUGAUAAUCAUGAGUUGUGCUGUAUUUUGAGGAAAGUGUGUUCAGCUCAGAUUCAUUUACUUUUGUUUGCAUGAUCUUUGUAUAUAAAUA